GACCUUUGUGCAAAAAGCACUGGAUCGGAUUCUGGCCAACGAGGGACUUCCCCCCAGCACUGCGAAGACCGCAGUGCUGGGUGCGGAGUGUGGGGGCGACCUGCGACAGGCCAUCAAUGCAUUGCAGCUGCUGUUGGGCGGUUCGAUGCGGCUAAACGGAGGAGCUCCUCCACGACCGGUGAAUGGCCGUAGUACGCGAGGGAAGAAGGCGACGCAGGAGCAGGGCCAGGCCUUGGAUGGUACGGAUGGAUUGAAGUCUGCAUCCCUGGGUUUGUUUCAUGCCCUGGGCCGUUUCCUGUACUGCAAGCGCUUGCGACCAGGCACGGCGCUGGUACAGCUUGGGUAG